AUGGGCUACUCUGGCGGCGACGAUCAACGAAGCCCUUCGAUAACGAUACCCAUCGCAGUCUGUAUGGGCAUUUCUAUAUACAAUGUUAUUGAGCUCAAUGCUCUUAUCCUUACGACGUUUAAGACGAGGAACAGCCUGUACUUUUGGAGCUUUCUGGCUGCUACGAAUGGGAUUGCACCUCAUACCAUUGGUUUUCUCCUCAAGAAUCUGGUCUUUUCUGAUAACUUUGUUUUGUACAUCACGCUUAUUUCUGUUGGUUGGGUUUUGAUGGUCACGGGUCAAUCGCUGGUUUUAUACUCCCGACUGCACCUCAUUUUCUGGAACCAGUUCAUUCUAAAGCUUGUGCUGGCUAUGAUUAUCACCAAUGCUGUUGUUUUGCAUAUUCCGAUUAUUAUUCUCAUGUACGGCGCCAACAGCAGCGACAAGAAUCCAUGGGUUCAUCCUUAUCAGAUCUACGAAAAGAUUCAAGUCACGGUGUUCUUCUUUCAAGAACUCAUCAUCUCAGCGAUCUACAUCAAGGCAUGCUCCUCAUUCUUUGGGACAGAGGGGCUUCUGUGCCGGAAAGGUGUUCGACGGAUGAGGAGGCAUUUAGUAUUCGUCAACGUUGUUAUAAUCCUUCUCGACAUUCCGAUCCUAGUCCUCGAGUUCGCAGACUUCUACGACUUUCAGACAGCUUACAAAGCGAUUGUCUACAGCAUUAAGUUAAAGCUUGAGUUUAAUCUUUUGAAUCGACUCGUGGAGGUUGCAAAAGGGAAUGAUACACGUGGUGCGGAGAGUGGAAAUCAAAUUGUGCGUUUGAAUGCUUUUGAGCAAGAUUGUGCUGGAUACGUGGCCAAAGACAAUGAAUACGGAAACACGGAAAGGGAUGCAAAUACGAAGAGACGAAAACGCGAGAACUCGAAUGCAGAUGAUAGGAUUUUAAUUGAGAGGGAAAUAUCUGUUAGUUAUGUUGAAAUGAGGGAGGAUGAUAAUGAGAGUACGGGAUGA